AUGCUUGGCGUCUCAUCCCUCCUCCGCGCUGUUUACAGCGGUGCGUCGCCCUCGAACUUCUUGAUCGCAGACGACAACAAAAACAACCACGACUACUCAGCCGACCAGACAUCUUCUUCAUCAACACCAACAUUGAAUGCAACAGUGACAAGCAUCAUGGAUUUGCUAGGUGGCAACAUGUUGAACGACACCAAUACCCCCUCCACACCACCCCUUCAACCCGCCAGCAUGCCCGGCGCCGACCACUCCGCUGCGAAAGUCGCCUCGACCUCAUCAUCUCAUACCGACGAGAGCCCCGAAACGACUUCACAGACCCCCCUCCUCUUUACCCUCCCAGCCGAACUCCGCAACAGAAUCUACGCCUUCGCCACCUCCUACCCCGACAAAAUCACCAUCAAAACCCUCCAACCCCUAACCCAAGUCAGCAAGCAACUCCGCCACGAAGUCCUCCCGACGUUCCACGACCACAACACCUUCAUCCUAACCUCCCCCGGCGACCUCAGAGAUUGA